UUCCAGGAAGACGGCUGCCCUCCAUGGCUGGGAUGCUGAAAGUCUUCGUCAGCCUCCUCUUCCUCCUGGUGGGACUGCAGGGGGAGCUGAAAGAAAUUACCCCAAUAAAUCAGCCGCGGAUGCUGGCUGAUGACGGUCACCUCAUCUUCACCACUGGAGAUGACAAAGACAUCCGCUUCCAGCCCUCUGUGUCAGGCCGGGUGAAGGUGGGAGAUGAGGACCUCAGCCAGCUCCUGAUCCAGAUUAAAACUAACAAAGAAGACAUUGAUAAAAUCAAGGCUGAUGGAGGAGCAAUCCCACCAGAGAUCAGCAACCACCUAAAUCAGCUCGAUACCCAGGUGUCCACUGUGGAGACCAAAGUGACAGCACUGGAACAGGCCGUUCAAACAGCGUCGUGCAACAGUAACCCCUGCAGGAAUGGAGGAACCUGUCUGAACCUGCUGAACUCAUAUCACUGUGUGUGUCCCAGUAACUGGGCUGGUCCGAACUGUGCCACAGAUGUAAAUGAGUGUCAGGUGAAUGCGGGAUCCCCGCUGGGCUGUCAGAACGGGGCGACCUGCACCAACACUCCUGGAUCCUUCAGCUGCACCUGUUCUCCUGAAUGGUCUGGGACUCUCUGCACCGAGCGUUAUGAUGACUGCAGGACUGCAAUCCAAAACCUGUGUGUUCAUGGCUUCUGCAUUGAUGCAGAUCGGGUCACGUCUGGACAGCCUAACUACCAGUGCAUUUGUGAGGAUGGGUGGGAGGCCCCAGCCGGAAACCCUGCAUGUGUGGCAGAUGUUGAUGAGUGUAAUUUACCCAACAAGCCCUGCUCCACAAACCCCCUGGUUCCCUGUCACAACACUCAGGGCUCCUUCUACUGCGGAGCCUGCCCCACAGGUUGGCAGGGAAACGGCUAUAGCUGCCAGGAUGUGGAUGAAUGUUUGACAAACAAUGGCGGCUGCUCCACCACUCCAAUGGUGCAAUGCCUCAAUACCAUGGGCUCAUUCCACUGUGGCUCCUGCCCUCCAGGUUAUGAGGGGGAUGGAAGAAUCUGCACACAAGCAGACAUUUGUUCUUCAAACAAUGGAGGGUGCUACCCAUUAGCCAGCUGCUCCUCCAGCCCAGGUUCAAACUUACCUGUCUGCACCUGUCCAUCGGGGUAUGUAGGCAAUGGUUACGGUCCAGCUGGCUGUACGCAAAUCAGUGACAUCUGUCAGACCAGCAACCCCUGUGUUCAUGGACAAUGUGCGAGCACCACCUCUUCCCCUGGUUACAUCUGCAACUGCACCCCUGGCUGGCAGGGAGUUCUCUGUGACCAGAACACGAAUGAAUGCUCAAGCAACCCGUGUCAAAACGGAGGAACAUGCAUUGAUGGCAUCAAUGCAUUCACAUGCAACUGUACUUCCCAGUGGACUGGCCCUCUCUGCCAGACGCCACAGCAAGAGUGUGGAGGAGAUCUAUCGGGUCCUGCCGGCUCAUUCAGUUAUCCCAAUACCCCCGGGCAUGACCAGUAUGACCAUCAGGUCAGUUGUGCAUGGGUGGUCCGGACCGAUCCAAACAAGAUUCUACGAGUCACUUUUCCCUACUUCCAUCUUGAGCAAAGUGCGGGCUGCAACUUUGACUUCCUUGAAAUCCACGAUGGCGACAGUCCAUCCUCAUAUACAAUUGGAAAAUACUGUGGUCAAAAUGCCCCAGCAGAGCUUCACAGCUCACACAAUGCUCUGUACUUCUGGUUCCGCUCCGACAGCUCCAUCAGUGCAGGCGGCUUCACAGUAACAUGGCAAGCUGAAGACCCAGUAUGUGGAGGCGAACUAACUGAUCAAUAUGGUAACAUAAACUCACCUGGUUACCCCGGAAACUACCCACCAGGCCGGGACUGCUAUUGGAUGGUGACAGUGAAUCCUGGCCUACUCAUUACCUUUGCCUUUGGGACUCUUAAUCUGGAAAGUCAUCCGAAUUGCAGCUAUGACUUCUUGGAGAUCCGAGAUGGUCUUCUACCAGCAGACCCAGUUCUUGGAAAGUUCUGCAGCACUGGAACUCCCGCCCCCUUGCAGACGACUGGCCCAUUUGCCUGGAUCCAUUUCCACUCCGACUUGUCUGUGUCUGACAGAGGCUUCCACAUCACAUACACAACAUCACCAAGUGACCCUGGUUGCGGUGGUACAUUCACUGACAGUGAAGCUGUCAUCAUUUCCCCCAACUGGCCAAACAACUACGCCCACAACCGCCAGUGCAUCUACUUAAUCCAGCUUCCUUCAAACGAGAAGGUGGCGCUUAACUUCACAGACAUGGACCUGGAGACUCACAGUGACUGCUCCUUCGACUACGUGGAGGUCCGUGAUGGAAAUGUGGAAGCUGCUCCUCUCAUAGGGAAGUACUGUGGGAACUCACUGCCUGCCCCUAUUGUUUCCUCCUCAAACAGUCUGUGGAUCCGAUUCAAGUCUGACAAUGCAGUCAGCCAUUCGGGCUUCAGGGCUGUCUAUACCGUUGCUUGUGGAGGAACUCUGUCAGGUACCGGCCAGUUUCGCUCACCUUACCACCCUAACGCCUAUCCCCACAACAAGCUCUGUGAGUGGGUCAUCAACCAACCUGAAGGCUACGUGGUCACACUCGACUUCCUGUCCUUCGAUGUGGAGGGAGGGUCCUGUCUCUUUGACUUUGUGGAGGUCAGGGAUGGCUCCACAUCCAGUUCCCCUCUACUUGGAAAGUUUUGUGGCUCUGACAUUCCUGCCAGGCUCCAGUCUACACAGAGAUCGAUGUACAUUCAGUUCAGGACGGACGCGUCCAUCAGCAACCAUGGCUUUGCAGCAGUAUAUGACUCUGCUAUAGAGGGUUGUGGCGACACUCUGACUGGGCCUUCCGGCACCAUCACUAGCCCCGGACACCCCACCAGCUACCCUCAUGGUGCCAACUGUACGUGGUUCAUCAGUGUCCAGCCUGGAAACCUGAUCCGCCUCUCAUUCAACUCAUUCAACCUGGAGUACCACUAUGACUGCAACUAUGAUUACCUGGAAGUUUACGACAAUGGAACCGUGGAGACUGGAAAAAAGAUUGGCAGGUACUGUGGGCGCUCAGUGCCUCCAUCCAUCACGAGCUCUGAGCGUCAGCUGACCCUGCUGUUCGUGUCCGACUACAGUUUGUCCACAGAGGGAUUCUCUGCCAGUUAUGUGUCCAUCAAUGCCAGCACAGAUUGUGGAGAGACCUUUACUUCCCCCACAGGAUUUUUUACAUCCCCCAACCACCCUGAUUACUAUCCUAACAACAGAGACUGCAUCUUCAAGAUUAUUGUUGAGCUCAACAUGCAGAUUCUGUUGAACUUCACCAACUUCAGCUUAGAGGGCUUCCCUGCUUCCUGCAACUUUGACUUUGUGGAGAUCCGAGACGGAGGCUAUGAGACAUCUCCCCUGAUUGGCAAGUUCUGUGGUGAUCAGAAACCUCCAGCUUUGGUGUCACACAGCAACCGAUUAUGGGUUAGAUUCCACUCUGAUGCCACAACAAGUAGUUCUGGAUUCACUGCCCAUUGGGAUGGAACUCAAACCGGUUGUGGAGGGACAUUAACAACUGCAACUGGAGGGUUUUCCUCUCCCAAUUACCCUCUGCCUUACCACCCCAAUGCCGAGUGCUACUGGAACAUUAGGACCAACCAGGGGAACAAAGUGGAACUCACUUUCUCUGAUUUCCAUCUAGAGUCCAGCCAAGGCUGUUCCUUUGACUAUUUAGCUGUGCAUGAUGGAGACAGCAGCAGCGCUCCACUUCUGGCCAAGCUUUGUGGUGCAGAGCUGCCCAGCUCCAUCAACUCCUCCAGUCACCAACUGUAUAUCAAGCUGAGAACAGACAGCAGUGUGAACACCGGAGGCUUCCUGGCAUCAUACAUGUCCCGGUGUCAGGGCAUUCUCAUCUCAGGGCGACACAGGGGAAUGGUUGAGUCACCCAACUUUCCUAACAGUUAUCCAGCCAAUGCCAUGUGCAGCUGGACCAUCCAAGCCAGCAGUGGAAACACAAUCAACUACACCUUCAUCACCUUUGACUUAGAGGCCUCCUUCACCUCCUGUAGCUAUGACUACAUCAAGCUCUACAAUGGACCAAAUGAACAAGCUCCCUUAAUUGGAACUUACUGUGGGCAAACUCCUCCUCCUGCCAGCAGCACCACAGGCUCCGCCCUCACCGUGGUGUUCAGGACAGAUUCUUCUAUCUUCAUGUCUGGAUUUCAGAUGAUGUGGUACCAGAACGGAUGUGGUGAAGAGCUGGCUGGUCCCAGUGGCUCCUUCUCCAGCCCAGGCUACCCAAAUAAGUAUCCUGAGAACAGAGAGUGUAUUUGGUACAUCACCACCUCAGCUGGCAGCAGCAUCACCCUCACCAUUCAUGAGUUUGAUGUGGAGUUCCACCCGGACUGCAACUAUGACGUUUUGGAAGUAUAUGGAGGUCCAGACCUGUCUGCUCCCCAGCUGGCCAAGCUUUGCACCACCACAUCCAGCCCCAUGCAGGUGUCCAGCACUGGAAACCUCCUGACUGUGCGCUUCAAGUCUGAUGCCUAUGUCAGCGGUCGAGGAUUCAACGCAAGCUGGGCUGAAGUCCAGGGAGGCUGUGGAGGUCCGAUCACAGCUCCGUCAGGGGAGAUCCAUUCUCCUUUGUACCCCAACAGUUAUCCCACCAACGUAGACUGUUCUUGGGUCAUCAGUGUGGACCCCAACCACCGCGUGUUCCUGAACUUCACUGACCUGGAUAUUGAAUUCCAUGCCAACUGCACCUGGGAUUAUGUGGCUAUUCAUGAUGGUCCAAGCAUUUCCUCCCCCCGGCUUGCACUCAUCUGUGGUUCCAGCUUGCCUACCUCCAUCACCUCCACCCAGAACACCAUCUAUGUUCGCUUUAGGUCGGAUUCAAGUCGUGAUCAUCGUGGUUUCAGUGCCAGAUUUUCUGAGGCAUGUGGUGCAACCAUCGUAACGGAUGAUGUUGGUGGAGCCAUUGCAUCGCCGCGGUACCCAGCACCAUACCCACCAAAUCAGAACUGCAGCUGGUUCAUCAAGGCCCAAGAACCAUUCAACCAUGUCACCCUAUCCUUCACUGACUUCGAGCUGGAGGCCACCAGUUCCAACUGUUCACAUGAUGCUGUGGAGAUUCUUGAUGGAGACAACUACCAGGCACCCUCUAUUGCUCGUUUCUGUGGUUCUGAGGUACCUCACCCUGUGACUUCCUUCAGCAGUGCACUGGUGGUGAACUUCAUCACUGAUCACUCCGUCUCUAGAAAAGGAUUCAGAGCUGUGUACUCAGCCUCCACCUCUAGUUGUGGGGGCGAUAUGGUGAUGCAGAGCGGUGCCUUUAACAGUCCCAACUAUCCAGAUGCUUAUCCACCCAACCUGGAAUGUGUGUGGACCAUCAGGAGCUCCCCAGGAAACCGUGUGCAGCUCUCAUUUAUAACAUUUAAUCUCCAAGGAGACUCCAGCUGUGAUAAUGACUACCUGGAAAUCAGAGAAGGAAACUCCACUGGGGCUUUAGUCGGUCGCUUCUGUGGAAGUUCGCUGCCCUCCAACUACACGUCUGUGAGCGGUCACAUCCUGUGGGUCAAGUUUGUGUCUGAUUCAUCAGACAGCGGAGCGGGAUUCAGAGCCACAUUCUCACACUUGUAUGGCAUUGAUGUGACGGGGGAGUCCGGUCAGAUUGCCUCCCCGCUGUAUCCCAGAACAUAUCCCAACAAUGCUCACUACCGCUGGACCAUCAAUGUGGAAGGAGACAGCUACAUUCAAAUCCGCUUUUUGGACAUGGACAUAGAGGACUUGUCCAACUGCUUCUAUGACCACCUCAAAAUAUUUGAUGGUCCAGAUGUCUAUCACUAUCCUCUUGGGACAUUUUGUGGCCUGGCCUUGCCCCAUCUCAUCAGAAGUUCAGGGAGCACUGUGACCUUGCUAUUCAAGUCAGAUACAGUGGUUGGAGGACGAGGGUUUCUUUUGGAAUGGACCGCUCUGCAGAACUCUGGGCCAUCACCCACUAUCCCACCAGGUGCAUGUGGCGGGCAGUUGGUGGCAGGAGAGUCCUCAGCCUUCCUAUUUUCCCCUGGCUGGCCUGGACAGUAUCCUCAAAACCAAGAGUGCACAUGGCUGAUCCGUUCUCCAGGCUCUGUGGUGGAAUUCAACAUCUUAUCUCUUGACAUAGAGGGCUCGCCCCCAUGCUACUUUGACAGAAUGGUUAUCAGAGACGGUGCAACAAGCGUGUCCCCUGUGAUAGCCAGUGUGUGCGGCAGAGAGCCUCCAGGCUCAUUUCACUCAACGGGAGACUCCAUGUUCAUCCAGUUCUCCUCAGACAGCCAAGGCAGCAGCCAGGGCUUCAACGCGUCCUACUCUAAAGGUUGUGGGGGCUUCCUGCAUGUUGACAGAGGUGCACUGAGCAGCCCCCACUAUCCCCAGAACUACCUGCCUGGUCUGAACUGCAGUUGGCUUGUGAUGGUCACACCUGGUUUCAGGAUCUCUGUUACCUUCCAGAGUCCCUUCCAGAUUUCAGGUUCUGGAUCAUCUUGUAACUCAGGAGAUUUCCUGGAGGUUAGAAAUGGUCCAGAUGCUUCAUCUCCACUGCUAGGGGACCGGAUCUGUGGCUCCACCCCCCCAUCCCUCCUUCAGACUACUGAUAACCAAAUCUUCUUUAACUUUGUGACUGAUGCAAGCAAUGAAGCCAGUGGCUUUAAACUGACUUUUGAAGCCCAUAGUAAAGCAUGCGGAGGCUUCAUCGAGCUGAAUGACCUUGAUCCUCCAGGAUACAUCACCUCACCGAACUACCCAGAGAACUAUCCCCAGAACAUUGACUGCAUUUGGGUCAUUAAAGUGCCCAAUGGAGAAGCUGUCCAGAUUGACUUUGAAAAAGAGUUCUACAUUGAGCAUACCACCAGCUGUCUCUACGACUACCUAGAGGUCCGGGAUGGUUCUACAUUAAACUCGGACCUCGUGUCCCGACUUUGUGGCAGUACCAGACCGUCUACCCAGCUCUCUACUGGUUCAGCCAUGCUGCUCAGGUUCCGCACUGAUGCUAGUGUCACGCACAUAGGAUUUAAAGCAAAGUACUCCAUAGCAACAUGUGGAGGUACCUUUAUUGGUCAGACAGGCUCAAUUCACAGCCCUGGCUUCCCAGGAUUAAACUAUCCUGACAUGUCCAGCUGUGAGUGGUACCUGGAGGGGCCCACUGGACAUUAUCUGACCCUCCGCUUCAGUAACUUCAGCCUGGAGACCUCUUCCGACUGUUCCAAAGACUAUGUAGAGAUCAGAGAGUACAACGGCACUGGACCAGUUCUGAGCAGACACUGUGGAGAAAACCUUCCUGCUCCUGUGGACACAUCGGACAGUUUUGCCUUUGUGAAGUUUGUGAGUGAUGCCAGUAUGAGUGCGCCAGGCUUCCAGCUUUUUUUCGAAGCCAGUGUUGAAGCCUGUGGAGGUGAGCUGAAUACUGUCUCAGGAACCAUCUCCUCUCCCAAUUACCCUAACCUAUAUCCUCAUAGCCGAGUGUGUCGCUGGGAGGUGGUGGCACCUCCAGAUCGCCGGGUGACCCUCACCAUCAAUGACCUGCGGCUGGAGGAUUCUGGUACAUCGUGCAUGUUUGACUAUGUUGAAGUUCUGAAUGGGCUUGGUGCUGAUGCCCCUCGUCUGGAGCGCUUCUGUGGAACAGUGCCAGCAGGUACUCAGGUUCGCUCCUCUGGCAACAGUAUGGCCAUAGUCUUCAGGACCGAUGCCUCUAUCUCCAACGGUGGCUUUAUGGCUUCCUACUCCUCUGAUGAACCAGCGGUGUGUGGUGGAAUCCUGGACAACCCAUCAGGAGGAAACUUCACGUCUCCUGGCUUCCUGGUGUCUAAUUAUAGCAACAACCUUAACUGUGAGUGGUUGAUUCAGAACCCUCAACACAUCAACUCCUCUAUUGUAGUCCUCAUUGAAGACUUGCACCUGGAGAACCAUCAGACUUGUGAGUCAGACUACCUGCAGUUCCGUUUAGGUGAUGCAAAUGGGGAGCUGUUGGCAAAGCUUUGUGGUCAGACCACGCCUUCAGUUCCCAUUGUCGUCUUCACUCCUGAACUCUGGGUCCAUUUCCAGUCCGACUCCUCCCAGGGAGACUUGGGCUUUAAGGCCAAGUACAUGUUCUCUGAGUGUGGAGGCUGGCAGACAGGUGAAGGAGGAAUAAUAUCUAGUCCAGAUUACCCUGCUACUUAUCCUGGCCCAAGCCGCUGUGCCUGGCUGCUAGAAGCUCCAGUGGGCUCCACAAUCACAUUGACCUUCACCUUCUUCAACCUGGAGCACCACAGCACAUGUAGCUGGGAUUCUGUCACCAUCUUUAAUGGAGGCUCCCCUGGUUCACCCAUUAUUGGCCAGUAUUGUGGUACCACCUCUCCAGGAACCAUCCAGUCAGGCUCCAACAAACUUGCCGUAGUUUUCCUGGCUGACCACAGUGUGUCCAAAGGCGGAUUCUUAGCCUCCUGGUCCAUUGAUUCUUCUGGUUGUGGCGGGAUCAUUCAUGGUGAUGCUGGAACAAUCAAGUCACCAAACUUUCCCCAAAACUUCCCAGCCCAUGUGGAGUGCUCCUGGCAGAUCAUUGCCCAUGAGGGCAACCAUUUGGAAAUGACGUUCAACCCUGAUUUCCAGAUUCCAGACAGUAGUGGAACAUGCCAGGAAAGCUAUGUCAAGGUUUGGUCAGGCCAGACCCAAACUCCUGAGGAUCUGUUGGCAUCUCACUGUGGUUCUGUGGCCCCAGGGCCCAUUGUGGCUCCCUACAAUGUAAUCACAACUCGAUUCCAGUCAUCUGGAGACACCGGCAAAGGAUUUUCCUACUCCUUCAGCACCAGGUGUGGUGCAAACUUCUCAGCUCCCAGUGGGCGUGUGGUUUCUCCAAAUUAUCCAGCAGACUACCCUGAUAACUCCAACUGUAACUACACGAUAGAUGCAGGAGAACAAACUGUGAUCGUCCUCACUUUUCGGGUCUUCCAGCUGGAAGCACACUCCACCUGUUUGUAUGAUGGACUGAAGAUCUACAACCUUCCUGUGAGCAGUGCUGCUGUUGCUACUCUAUGUGGCUCGAGCAUACCGGCUCCCAUCUCCACCUUUGGUCCCAUGCUUGUCCAUUUCUACUCUGACUCUAUUUCAACUGACACUGGCUUCAUGGCAGAAUAUACAGCCAUCCCUUGUGGUGGUUUUUUUAAUAGCACCUCGGGUACAGUGAGCAGCCCAGCUUUGUCCAUAAUCAACUAUCAUCACAACACUAACUGUACCUUCCACAUCAAGGUCCGGGCAGACAGAGUGGUGAAUCUAAGGUUUAACACCUUCCAUCUGGAGGCCUCGUCUUCAUGCCGGUAUGACUAUGUGUCCGUUCACGACGGGCAGGACUCUCUGGCCCCCUUGCUGGGAAAGUUUUGUGGAACAGCCCUCCCACCAGAUUUGCGCUCUUCUAGCAACGAGCUGUUCCUUGUCUUCAUCACUGAUGACAAUGUGAAUGGGAUUGGCUGGAGAGCUACUUACUCAGAAACUCUUGGCCCUUCACAAGGAUGUGGUGGCUAUCUCUCAAUGCCAAUGGGCAUGGUUGGGUCACCAGAUCCAAACCUGGACGGACGCUAUGAACCCAGCAUGAACUGUGUAUGGAGCAUCGAGAUGCCAGUAAACCAGGCCAUCAAUCUGACUUUCUCGUCAUUUGAGCUGGAGAGUUCCGUUACGUGCCGCUACGACUACGUCAAAGUUUAUGAUGGCCACAGCAUGGACUUCCCUCUGGUUGGGACAUUUUGUGGAACUUCCAUCCCUGCUUACUUCCUAUCCACUGGAAACUUCUUGACAAUUCAAUUUGUCACUGACAGCUCCGUACAGAUGCAAGGCUUCAACGCCACCUACAGAGCAGUUCCAUUGUUUUGUGGCGGGACCCUGAAUGCCACCACCACCAUCCAGACCCUGACUUCACCCUUCUACCCAAAUACAUAUCCUCCACAUACCUCCUGCCGCUGGAUUCUGGAUGCUCCAGGCCAGGAAACCAUCAAAGUAUCAAUCCAGACCUUUGUCCUCCAGCCAGACCAGAGCUGCUCCACAAACUACCUACAGAUUCAUGACUGGCCUUUGGGAGACUUUGGGCAGUCACAUACCUUCUGUGCAUUGGACAUGCAUCCACCAGACUUUUACAGCUAUGGCAGGAUGGUCCUGGUCGACUUCAAAUCUGACCGCUUCGUGACAGGAAAUGGCCUCAGCUUUACCUUUCAAAUCACCAACUGCAGUCGAACCUAUGAACAGGAGUUUGGUUACCUAAAGAGUCCUGGCUGGCCUGACACUUACCCCCAUGAUGUGGACUGCACCAUCAUCCUAAAAGCACCCACCAACUACUCCAUCUCGUUCUUUUUUAAUGCAUUUGAUGUGGAGAGCCACAGCAGCUGUGACUUCGACUACCUGGAGGUCCGCAAUGGAAGCACAGCUAACUCACCACUUAUUGGUCGGUUCUGUGGAAGCACUCUGCCUAAUCCCAUCUUCCCACAAUCCAACAUGCUUUACCUCCACUUCAGAAGUGACUUCUCCAGUGUUCGGGAUGGGUUUGAUGUCACAUGGACUUCUUCUCCUUAUGGCUGCGGGGGAAUGCUGUAUGGAGAUCAUGGCUCUCUCUCAAGUCCUAACUACCCAGGAACAUAUCCUAAUCAGAGUCACUGUGAGUGGAACAUCAUGGCACCGCGAGGCCGAGUGGUGACUGUCACCUUUGGCCAGAUGAGUAUUGACGACCCUGGAGACUGUCAGAACAACUUUUUGAAGCUGUACGAUGGCCCAGACUCUUCCUCGCUUCCUGUUGGACCCUACUGUGGAGUGGAAACCAACAUUGCUCCAUUCAGAGCAUCUUCCCACCAGGUCUUCAUUGUCUUUCAGUCACAAUACUCCAUUCUUCCUUCAGGAUUCAGACUCACUUGGAGCAGCUGAAAGGAUGCUGCACUUUGCAUGCUGCUGUCAAACACACAACAGUUUUAAUCACUUAAAAACAUUAAUGUGAAUGUAUUUUUCAAAAGCAAUAAAAUAAACUGACACAAA